AGCAGCAGAACAUCCAGCUGACAGCUGGACAUGCCAGUCCCCUCCAGCCCUUCCCCAGAGGGUCAGGUGACCCUUCCCUUCCCAGAAGGAAGACCUCACGCACUAGGGCUCUGGCGGACAGUGAAUGCUCCACGCUGGGACGGGCCCUUGCUGAUGCCUGUACAUGGUGGGCACUGAGAGACAAGAUUCCCGAGCUGUGCCUUACACACUCUCCACGACCUCGGAGGAGGCUCUGAGGCCCCCACUGAGAACCCACAGACAGGACAGCUGUGCGAUGACAGCGAUAAAGGCCAAGAAGGAGAAAGUUGAGGACCGCUGACAGCCUCGCGUGCUGUCAGGAGCCACCCCUCUACUUCACACCUUCCUCUAGCAGACUGUGCGGCAACCCCCACCCCACCACCGUGUGUCACCAUGGUUGUGCAAAACAGCGCAGAUGCCGGGGACAUGAGGGUGGGUGUGCAGCUAGAGCCCUUCCUGCACCAGGUUGGGGGUCACCUGAGCGUGAUGAAGUAUGACGACGACACGGUGUGCAAGCCCCUCAUCUCCCGGGAGCAGAGCUUCUACGAGUCCCUGCCGCUGGCCAUGAAGCAGUUCACCCCACAGUACAAAGGCACCGUCACUGUGCACCUCUGGAAAGACAGCACAGGCCAUCUCAGCUUGGUUGCCAACCCACUGAAGGAGAACCAGGAGCCCUUCAAGGUCUCCACAGAGUCGGCGGCAGUAGCCAUCUGGCAGACCCUCCAGCAGACCACCGGCAGCAGUGGCAGCGCCCGCGCCCUUGCCCAGUGGCCACAUGCCCAGAUGGCACGCUCACCCAAAGAGAGCCCAGCCAAGGCUCUCCUGAGGUCCGAGCCCCAGCUCAGCACUCCAGACUUCUUGCUGGUGGAAGACACUAACAGGAACCAGGUGGAGAAGAAGAGCUUCAACCCAUGGGGCCUGCACUGCCACCAGGCCCACCUGACUCGCCUGUGCUCCGAGUACCCGGAGAACAAACGACAUCGGUUCUUGUUGCUGGAAAAUGUAGUGUCACAGUACACGCACCCCUGCGUCCUGGAUCUGAAGAUGGGGACCCGGCAGCACGGCGAUGACGCGUCCGAGGAGAAGAAGGCCCGCCACAUGCAGAAGUGUGCACAGAGCACCUCAGCCUGCCUUGGUGUGCGCAUCUGCGGCAUGCAGGUUUAUCAAACCGAUAAGAAGCACUUUCUCUGCAAAGACAAGUACUAUGGAAGAAAACUCUCAGUGGAGGGGUUCAGACAAGCCCUCUGUCAGUUCCUGCAUAAUGGAACCCACCUCCGGAGGGAACUUCUGGAGCCCAUCCUGCGCCAGCUCCAGGCCCUCCUCUUGGUCAUUAGGAGCCAGAGUUCAUACCGCUUCUACUCCAGCUCUCUCCUCAUCAUCUAUGAUGGGCAGGAAGCGCCAGAAAGAGCCCCAGGCAGCCCGCACCCUCGGGAUGCUCCCCAGGCGGCCCACGGCAGCUCUCCAGGUGGCCUCACCAAGGUUGACAUCCGCAUGAUUGACUUUGCUCACACGACGUACAAGGGCUCCUGGAAUGACCACACCACCUACGAUGGACCAGACUUGGGCUAUAUUUUUGGCCUGGAAAACCUCAUCAGGAUCCUGCAGGAUAUCCAAGAGGGAGAAUGAAACCUCCUGGGCUUACCCGGAUUUUUCUGGGCUGUAGAUCUCCAAAAGGGACCUCUUGGUUGCUAGGGUAGUCCAGACACCCCUCCGAUGUUUUCAUAAUAGUCCUAUCUACCUUCAAAGCCAUCUCUAUAUAUGGCAGACUAUAUUAACAGCUGCUGAACAAAUCAGCUCUGGAGGUGAUUGCGCAUCCCCCGGGCACCGUGCUCCAAUGGUGCUCAUCGGAGAAUGGACAGCCAGGAUAAGGCGGCACCUUCUGGAGGACACUGGAGGGGGCAGCCCAAGUUAGAGGCCAGCAUUGCUGUGACAUUCUGGAGUAUCUGCAUCUAAAAAUGUUUACUUGUUCUCAUGCUGCAGUCGGCACAAGCUGUGAGGCAGAAAACGUGACUUGAAGAAGCCUUGAAGAGUGAGUUCAGGAGUUCAUGGUUUUUCUCCUUGUACUGGCUGCCCCCUCCAAGGGCAGGCAGAGCUCAUGAAAGCCUCUUAUCUUCAUAAGCAGAGUUUUAGGUGAGACAGGAUGAGCAGAACAGAUCUGCCCAUCUCACCUGCUCUGCACCCAGCUUCUAAGUGGACAAGGCCAAGCCCAGGCACAAGCUCUGGCGAAGCGAGGCCUCCGAUUCUCCAUUUUUGCCCGUGGAGAGGAGGGUCCCUUUACAGACUUUUUUUUUUCCCCAAAAAAUCUCCAAAAAUGAGAAAUCUCUUAACAGACUUUGGAGUUCCCAUUGGAAGUGAUGAUUCCGUCACAUACUGACCAUGAGACGCUGCUUGCAGUGGGGGUAGAAUGCACAUAAGGAGGGACCACUGAUGUCCAGCUCUACUCUCUGCUUUCUAUUUAUUUAUUUUGGGGGUAAGCUGGGGAGUCAGAAGAACCUGGAGGACUGAGGAAACCAGGGGCAACGUUUACAAGACUGGUGGACAAGUGUAAAUAUGGAGUAAGAACAAACAGUUCUAAUUAAUUCCUUCUUCUGCAGUAUGGAAUCCUAUUACAAUGCCCUUGAGUCAAGCACUGAGAUACGUUAUCCAAUUAGGAAAAUAAAUUUGUUAAUAAAAUUGCUGAGGUCACCAGUGAUUACUGGCGUGCCUUAUUA